AAACGCGACUAUGGCCGAGGUAGGUUCUAUACUGUUGGUGUUAGCUAACUGUGUUGAGUGGCAGUGUAUUGAGCGUUGGUUACAUGCCUGGAUCAUGUAGAUUCACGGGGCACAUGUCAAGAUAUGUGUCUGACCUCGCGACAAAAGAAAUGCGUGCCAUGUAGGCCCAGAUCUGUGUCGAGACUAGAAGGGGAAGGCAUGGAAACAAGAAUGCUAGCACCCUUGAUGAUUUUUCUUUGGGAAGCGUGUUAUCGCGGAUAUCCAGUCUGUGACAUCAGGUCACAGCAAGAGGAGAAUGGUUUCCCUAGAAGCGCACUUUCUUCGUGGACAGUGUUAUGAAACUAGCACACUGUCGACUAACGAUAAAGACAAUGUCAAGUGAGCACGAAGAGUCUGGAUAUGUGGACAACUGGCAAUCAGGGAAGUCUGUCACAGAGUGUAAUCUGCGCAUGCUCGACACUGAAGACUUCAGUGACGUCACCUUCCGGGUAGGAUCAGAGAAACAGGUGGUCCGAGCUCACCGAUACGUUCUUGUCAGUCGCAGCUGUGUCUUCCAUGCCAUGUUCUGUGGCCCCCUGGCGGAGAAAGGGGAGGUAACCAUCCCUGAUAUUGAAGCGGAUAUCUUUAGGGAGUUCUUGAGGUAUGUGUACACAGACAAGGCAACCAUCAACACUGACACAGUCAUGGGACUAAUGUACACAUCAAGGAAGUACUCUGUAGAUGCGUUGUUCGGUCUUUGUGUAACGUUCCUGGAGACGUCCCUCUCAGAGGACAAUGUCUGCCAGAUCCUGGAGGAGUGUCAUGGUUACGGGGAGCUGGAGUUGGAACAGAAGGCACUGAAAAUCCUGACUGAAGGAGGGGAAGGAGUAAUCCAGUCUCCAGGAUUUGUGGGUCUUUGCUCAGACUGUCUCGAGAAGUGCUUAAAAUCUGAUACUAUGAAAGCAAAAGAGGAAGACUUAUUUGAAGCAGUGUUUACUUGGAUAAAGGCAAGAUGCCAGAAGGAAGGUGUGAGUGACACACCAGAGAACAAACGGAGACUCCUGGGAGAGAUGAGAUAUGAGAUCCGGUUUACCAGCAUGCCCCUGGAGUUCCUGGUGAACGUUGUUGGUCCUUCAGCAGUGCUGACAGAUAGUGAGAGAGUUCGUAUAAUUGACAGAAAAGUAAACUCAGCUGUUGAUAUAUCUCCAUUUAACCAAUCACAGAGGAGGAUAUCAGACAUCGCAGACAGAGAUGUGUCUAAAACUUACAGAUAUGUAAACAGGUUUCUAAACGUAUCCUAUUUUCGAAGCUCAACCCCAGGAAGAUACUCCAUCUCAUUUUCAUCAUCUCAGAGCAUUGUACUAGAAGGAUGUCAGCUGUAUGGUGGACCCUUCGGUAAAGUGCACAUGCUGAAUAUCAGAGUGUAUGACUCCAAUGACGUGGUGAUAUCUGAGCCGUUACUGAACACGAGGGUGAAACUUGAAAGCUGCUUUCAGGGGAAUGACGUCUUGUUUCACAGGUGGGUUUCCCUCACAGCUGGUGUGACCUACACUCUGUGUGUGGACAUGGAUGGGGGUCCCACUGCCUGGGGUGAGGUAGGGCAGGACACGGUGACAGUGGAUGGAGUACAGUUCUCCUUCAAAGACUCUCCCAUGUGUACUAUGGGAACAUCAACAAAAGGUGGACAAAUACCUGGCUUAAUAUUCAAUCUUGCGUGAUGAAUUGUGUUGAUGUCGGACGUCACAAAAUCUGAUGUCAUUACAUUUAAGAUACAAUCUUCAAUUGGGUAAUAUAAGUUUCAAACCGAUACAGUCCCUCUAAAUCAAGCAUCUCCACGGGCAUCAAAAACGUGUUCUAAAGUUUCGAACAUUAGAUCAUAAAGACUAAGACUGGCCGAUGGUGUGGUGUACCUAGAAAACGCACGCACGCACGCAUGCGCCGUUAAACCCCAUUUCGACCCCCCUCGCCUCACUACUAACACAGAAUCUGAUGUCAAAUUGAUCUUCAGUUUAAUUACCAGUACAGUCCUUCAAUAACAGGCGUUGCUUUGCGACCAGAGAUGAAAAAGGUUUAAUAACGAGUAUCAAUUUCAUUCAAGGUUUAAUAACGAGUAUCAAUUUCAUUUUCACAAUAUUAGACUGACACAAACAGCUGUUAAUUCAUUGUGAGUGAGAGAGCGAACGGUACUGAAAAGCAACACACGCGUGUUAGCAUGACAUCACCAGGCGAGGUAUUCUGCAGUUUAAACUGAAGUAAAUAAAAGAAAAUCCACACGUA